CUGUUUUUUCCAUGACCGAACUGAAGGCGACUUGACUGAAUUUGCAGCUGGCUCCACCCUCCGUUACUCAGUCAACUACGUGUUGAGCUUGGAGCCUUUAACCAGCCAGCAUCCCAGAGGAACUUUGUCCUGGUUUUUUUUUUAUCUGGAGGAAACAAGCCGCUUUCUCAGCCGACGCAGGUUUGUCAACUUUCGACCUCAAUCGAUCGUUUUCCGCUCGCAGAAGAUACACGUUUUUAUCUUUAAUGAGGUCUGAUGUCUGCGUGGAAACAGAUGAUAUUUGAACCCACCAAAAGCGGCGGAGAGAGAGGAGGUGGGUGUUGGAUACAAGGCUGUUUGUCUUCCGUUCUUCUUGUUUUGUGCAGUGUUGUUUUGUUUGGAUUGUAGUUAAUAAAGUCGCAAACUGAAGAAUCUCAUGAAUAUUUUAAGGACGAUCUUUUAACUUUGACCAGAGAGUUCUUAAGGAAACUGUAUACGAGCUUAGAUCUGAAGGUAGCAUUUAGUAAAUGUGAAACAAUGGCGUUGAAAGCCAAAGUGUUGUAUGAUUUUCACGCUGAAAACCCAGGAGAGAUUUCCAUAGCAGAGAAUGAGUUGGUGACUCUGUUCAGUGAGGAGGAGUUGGAGGGCUGGCUGGAGGGGGAGAACAGCAAAGGGGAGGUUGGCCUCUUUCCUGCCUCUUACGUUGACAUCAUCAGGGACCAAAUCACCUCCAGUGCAAGCAACAACGGCUAUUCCUCUCCCAAAACCAUAACCCAGUCCCCCAGCCACACCUCGUACACGUCGCCAGAUUCCCACUCCCAGAGGAAGUUUAAGGUCGGCAGCGGUGGAGGGAGCAGCUUCAACACCAGCCAGGGCAGCGACGAUGACUGGGACGACGACUGGGACGACAGCUCUUCUGCUCAGGCAGGCACCACCCCUCCCUUGUACCCGGUCACCACCUCGCUGCCAGGUCGGGGGACCGGCCAGCAGCAGCAACAGCAGGCCAAGAGCUCGGCUACAGUUGGGAGGAACCUCAACAGGUUCUCCACCUUCGUCAAGUCUGGCGGAGAGGCCUUCCUGCUUGGGGAGGCCUCUGCUUUUGUCAAAGACGGGGACAGGAUCUGUGUGGUGAUGGGGAAGUAUGGACCAGAGUGGCAGGAGGACCCUUACCCAUUCACAUGCACCAUUGACGACCCCACGAAGCAGACCAAGUUCAAAGGCAUGAAGAGCUAUAUGUCUUAUGGCCUCACCCCAACGCACACUAAUGUUCAAGUUAACCGCAGGUAUAAACAUUUUGACUGGCUUUAUGCUCGGCUCGUUGAGCGCUUCCCUGUAAUCUCGGUACCCCACCUGCCAGAGAAGCAGGCUACGGGCCGCUUUGAGGAGGACUUUAUCUCUAAGAGGAGGAAGGGUCUCAUCUGGUGGAUGAACCACAUGACAAGUCACCCCGUCCUGGCCCACUGUGACGUCUUCCAGCACUUCCUGACCUGCGGGGCUGACGAGAAAGCCUGGAAGAUGGGCAAGAGAAAGGCAGAGAGGGACGACUUGGUCGGCGCAAACUUCUUCCUAACAAUCAGCACUCCAGUCGUCCCCCUGGACCUUCAGGAAGUCGAGAGCAAGAUCGAGGGCUUUAAGAGCUUCACCAAGAAGAUGGACGAGAACAUUGUUGUGGUGAACACGUCCAUCAACGAGUUUGCCCGCAAGCAGAUAACGGGCUUCAAAAAGGAGUACCAGAAGGUUGGGCAGUCCUUCAAGCAUCUGGCGCAGGCGUUUGAGCUGGAUCAGCAGGUCUACUCGACAGGCCUGAACAAAGCCAUCUGCUACACCGGAGAGGCCUACGAGGCCAUAGGGGAGUAUUUUGCAGAGCAGCCACGGCAGGACCUGGAACCCAUUUCUGAUCUGCUGGACCUCUACAGAGGACAUCUAUCCAAUUUCCCCGACAUCAUCCACGUGCAGAAAGGUGCGCUGACCAAGGUGAAAGAUUGUCCAAAGAAGGAGGGCGAGCUCCACGAUCGCUGCAACAUCAUUUCCUGUGCCACACUAGCAGAAAUCCAGCACUUCCACCGCACGCGUGUGCGGGACUUCCGGAUGCAGAUGCAGCAUCACCUGCGCCAGCAGAUCAGCUUCUUCCAGAAGAUCACUGCCAAGUUAGAGGAUGCCUUGCACAAAUACGACAUUGACCAAUAGGACAGGGCCAAAUAAGGAAAGCGGUUGGGAGUGCUAGCCUGACGGAGAUCUAAGGAAACUUUAGUACAAAAUCAAAGGAUUGAUGAUCGACAUCUUAGCAUUUAAAAGAAAAAGGAAAAAAAAAAACUUGAAGAUGUGAUGGAUCUUCCAUCUGGCAUUCUGGAAGGUGUACAUCUGCAAAAAUAGCCACAGGACAACUUGUGGGAUUAUCUGGAGAGCUCUGAUGAGUGUACCAGUUCCAGGGAUUUUGUGAACACUCCAUGCAACAUUUAAAGCAGCUCUCGGUGUGCUGCUGUUUGAAUCAUGAUUUCUGGGUCAUCUCACUGUCUCCUGUUUCUUCCUGAAGGGAUGUGGGUCUAAACCAACAUAAAACACGGACAAAAGACUUCCCAAACAGCCUAUAUCGAAAUCUAAGUUAACAUUUGUAAUCAUUAUCCCAUGUGUAGGUUUUACUUGAAUAACCCGCUCAGUAUUGUUGGAAUGUGCAGUUUGGAGAAAUUCAAACAUUUUAUAAAAAUAAAAUAAAAUAUUAUCCCUUGGACAAUUCAGAUAUUGCAACAGUUUCAAAGUUUUACAAUCUAUUCUACAUUCCCUUCUUAUUUAAAGUGCUGUGAAAAAGUAUUUGCCCCCUUAUAGAGUUUGUUACAUUUAAAAGUGUCAAAUCAUUGAGCUAACUCUGAAAUCAGACUAAAGGUGCAUGCUGGUGUAGUUGAUAGCACUGUUGCCUUGCAGCAAGAAUGUCCUUUGUUCUAAUAUGCGUCUUUCUGCAUUUGAAAAUGUAAACUCCAGUUUCUGCCUGGAGUUUGAAAGUUAUCCCCUUUCACACUCCUCACCAAAAAGACAGGUUUAGAUCAUGCCUUUGAUGUAGAGUCAAAAUUAGGAUUAUUGUGCAGCCAGUGGUGUUUGCUUCCUUGUGGCAUAAGGUUAUCUAAUCUGAAGCCAGGUUCUGAUCUGAUUAAUAAUGAGCCAGUACUGGUAACUGAGAAAGCGACUAGUCACUUGCUUAUGAUUAUCAUGCUGAGGCUGGUCACCCGCUGAAUCGCCUACUUCCUUUUGCUGUCCAUUAGCAUGGAUAGGCUGCUGUUAGCUUUGGAUAGGCUAGCCAUAGCUAGAGUGUUUGUGCGACUCAUUCAGGAAGUCGCAAAAAA